AGAUUACAUUGUUGCUUUAAACAUGAACUUCAAGUCCUAUGGUGCAUUGUCAGAAUCAGAAAUCCAGGCUUUUGUGACAGAGUUCUUUCUUAAACAUGGUAUCCUGCCGCAGUUUUCCAUGAGGGUUAAAUCUGUCGAGCCAUAAGAUGAGCAGAGGAACAUUUUUCCUGGAGGGAAAGAAAAUAUAUAAUCACAAGAAAAUAUUUUGUCAAAUUUUUAAAUGUACAGAAAAUGAGUUUCAAACGCAUCACAAUUUUUCAGAAUAAAAAAAAUUAUAAAAAUCUAAAGGUGCUAUUUACAUAAACAUUUCACCAGUGGUGGAUAACAGCUCAUUUAAUCCAUGCAAAGAAAGAAACCAAAACAAAUAAGUUCAGAAAUUAAAUCAUUUGUAAUAAUGUAAAAUGACACAGUUAUUCUCUUCCUUAAGUUUUAUUUGAUAAUGUUUUAUUAUUUGGUAAGAAGGGAGAAGCUAGGUAUCGUUUGCAUAUAUUAAGAAAAAAUCUUUGCUGCAUGCCAUCUGGACAACUCUAACAUAUACUGACAGAAUAUAGUUUGGUCAAAUGAGAACAAAAUUGAUGAAAGCUCAUAUUCAAGCAUGAUCUGAAUGUUAAAUAAUCACUGAUAUCCUCUAUUUCACACUUGCUAUAAUUUUGACCUUAUUUGGACGGAACAGGACCGAAACGCAGACAUGAAGCAGGGUGACGCCUUCAUGCCUGACACCUUUGUGCUUCGCUGAAAUUAACAAGUGGUCACUGAAACAUAACAACAUGCCUUCUGGUGAAUGUUUUUACAGUCAGACAAGAUAAGAAUGUAGCUACUAUUUAGCCACAUUGGCAUCAAUAUAGAGGAGUCAAGGCUUCUAAAUCAAACUCACUGCACCAAACGGUUUGGCAUGGUGCUGUGGGGCUACUUUGGAGGAAUAGGUACAGGUACAUUGGACAAAUUGUGACACAACAAAGAUCCAUAAUGUAUACUGACGAUACUGGUCCUCCAUGUGCUGUUGAUUACUACAUAGUUCACUUGUAAUCCCGGAGCAUGUAAAGUCCAGAUGAAAAAUUUUUGGGUGAAUUUUUCAGUGGAAAAUUUAUUUCCAUAUUGUUGUUCAGUCCGGUACAGUUGGAUAUAUUUAGACAAAUCCAGGAAAUAUUUUACAAAUCAAAUAAAUUUCUGCUCCUGGUGUGGACUUUGCCCCUCCCACUAUAGAGCAACAUGAAAAGAUUUUUCCCACAGGGAGUGGUAACGCUAAAUGGGAAGGACUUUGGCUUGACAGCCACAAUGCCCAGUGUUUGCCUUUUACUCCAGGCGAGGUCAUCUUUCACAUUCAGGGAAUAAAAGGUAGGAUAAAGACUAAAACAUAACAAAACGCUGGAACUGAACUCUGAAAUGUACCAGGAAUGUGAUUUACUUUUGAUUGAUCCUCAUAGAGAUAAAUGUAGAAGGACAAAGGAUUAAACCAGAAACUUGCUCUUCCAGAUGAGAGCUAAAUGUGCCUUGCAUAACAAAUUAAAAGGUUUGUAGAUUGAUAUGCUUGUGCUUAAGGGAAAAGAGGAAGUGCAUAAGCGUUUUAUGUGUUGAAUAAUGUUUGAAAGAGAACCGAAACAAAGAGCGAGAGACUGAGUCAUUUGUCCAGGCAGGUGGACUUUGGCCAACAAGUGUUGCUGAACUGAUUCAAGCUAAUGAUCAAAUGGGUCCACAGUAACUAAAGUGUUCAGUUUCAUCAGGUGUUUCAUUAUUUUGAAUAUUUCUGGAGAUUAAACAUAAUUUAACAUAAAGGCCUUUUGCGGAUUCACAUAACUGUGACAGACUUGAUGAAGUAGCAGCUGGUGUUAACAGUUCAGAUGAAACUACAUUCAAGAUUGGCCUGAAUGUGAAUUUAAUGGUGUUGUUUAAAUUCAUAAAACGCAGACACAAAGCAGGCUGACAAAUAAUUAAUAAUAAUAAUAAUAAACAGUUGGUUGUUUUUGACAGAAAGUGGUGCAUUUCUUCAGACUUCAACAGUAGAGCUGGCAAGAGGUUGAUCUUUUCACAAAUUAUUUGUAUUAUAUGAAACUGUCCUGAUAUGGUGACAGUUUUAACAAAUAUGAAGCGGCUAAGUUAAAACCAUGGUUCUUUUUCCAAUUUUGAGGUCAUGGCUUCCCAAGACUUAUUUCUGUCCAAGGAGCAGUUUCAGUGCUGCAUCUGCCAGGAUGUUUUCUCCGAGCCUGUCUCCAUCCCCUGCGGUCACAGCUUCUGCUUCACCUGCAUCACCGCCCACUGGGAAGGCAGGCUCUCCAUCAAUUGCCCCAAGUGUCACACAGAGUACAAGAUCUGCCCGGAGCUCUGCGAAAAUUCUUUCGCCAAAGAAAUGUCGGAGAAGAUCCGAGCCAGGAGGCAGGACGGCGUGCAGGGGAAGACGGUCGGCUGUGACGCGUGCGUGGGGAAGCAAGCGAAGGCCCUGAGGUCCUGCCUGGUGUGUUUGACCUCGUACUGUGAGAGCCACCUGGAGCCUCACCUUAGAAUUGGCUCGCUGAAAGCUCACAAGCUGAUAGAACCGGUGGGGAUGCUGGAGAACAGGGUGUGCAGGAGGCAUCAGGAGCUCCUUGAGCUGUUCUGCAGAAGUCACCAGAAGUUUGUUUGUGUCCAGUGUGUCAAGACGGACCAUCACUGCAACGACACGGUCCCAGUGGAACGAGAGAUUCAGGACAAGAAGGGUCAGAUUAAGAUGAUUCAAGGUGAAGUUCACCAGAGGAUCCAGGACAGGCUGCAGAAGCUGGAGGAGAUCAGACACAAUCUUGAGAUAAGCAAAGAGAACACAAAAAGGGACAUUGAGGAAAGUGGGCAGGUCUUCUCCACUCUGAUCCGCAGCAUCGAGAGAAGUCGAGCCGAGCUGAUCGAGGUGAUCCAGAGGAAGCAGGAAGCGGCAGAAAUGAGGGCGAAGAGGCUCAUCGCUGGGCUGGAAACAGAAAUCUCUGAGCUGCAGAAGAGAAGAAGGGAACUGGAGCAGCUAUUUCACCACGAAGACCACCUCCAUGUUCUGCAGAGUUUCCCGGCUGUGAGUUCCCUCCCAUCUACUGAAGAGUCCUCAAACGUCCUCGUCCAUUCAGAAACAUGCCUGGGAACCAUAAGGAGAGCGGUGGCUGGCAUUCGGCAGCAGCUGCAACUGCAACUGGAAAACCUUUCCUAUCGAGAAUACGAGAAGAUCCAGCAGUAUCCAGCUGAUGUCCUCCUGGACCCCAGGACGGCCAACCCCUGGCUCGUUCUGUCAGAGGAUGGGAGGCAGGUGCAGGACGGAGACGUAAUGCGAAAUGUGGCAGAUCUCCCAGAACGUUUUGACAAAGCUCCAUGCGUCCUUGCUCUCAUGGGUUUCACCACAGGGAGGCGCUACUGGGAGGUGCAUGUGGGAGACAAAACGGCGUGGGACCUGGGCGUAGCUCGAGCAUCCGUUAGAAGGAAAGGUGCUGUGACUCUGAGUCCAGACGACGGCUUCUGGACCAUCUGUCUGAGGAAAGGAGCUGAACUCUGGGCCUGUGCAGGCGAGGCAGAGCUUCUGUGCGUCUCCAAGAGGCCAAAGGUCAUCGGCGUGUUCCUAGACUAUGAAGAUGGGGUUGUUUCUUUCUUCAAUGCAGAGACUGGGUCACACAUCUAUUCAUUUACAGGGUUUCACUUUACCGAGGCCAUUUUUCCUUUUUUCAACCCGGAUACGAAUGAAAACGGCACCAACAAAUUGCCGCUGACCAUCCAGCCCAUUAAGAAACGCAUCUUUGGCACAGAUUUAGAGGACAUCACUAUAUGAAAUUUUAAAUAUGUAUCCAGCAACGUUUUAUUUAUUAUACAAUGUAUGCUAAAGUUGUUUUGCAAAGCUCCCGGUGAAUUUAUCAAUGCUCCACCAGUACAGUACGCUCAUUUAAUUAUUCAAAGAAAUGCCUAAAAAUACUUUAAAUAGAUUAAAAUAAAUAAAUAAAUUUGCAGCUUCAUUUUGUACUGAAAAGAAACAAGAAAAUACAAUGUUUUAAUUUGAGUAGCUUUUUUACAGUAGUGGUAUCUGUAUUCUCACUACUGCCACAAAAAAUAAACCAGUUAUAUGUAUUUUUUAUAUUGUUAUUUGCUUUGCAUACAGAGAUGGCGCUGUAUUGCUACCUUCUGCUGUUUUCCUUGUUUUUCACUCCAUCUAAGUGUAAUUUACUGCUUACCUGUCACAGUAAGCCACAUUUUUGUGAAAUGCAAUUUGUUGUAUCCUGUGUGGAAAUGAACAAUAUAGAUAAAUAA